UCUCACAACCAAACCUGCAUCAAGCGCUGAGGAUAUCAACGAGAACUCGUUGACUAGGCAGCAAACAUGCAGAUCUUCGGGAACAGCUCACGGGGAAGACGAUUACGUUGGAAGUUGAGGCUUCUGACACAAUCGACAACGUCAAGAGCAAGAUCCAGGACAAGGAGGGCAUUCCCCCGGACCAGCAGCGUCUCAUUUUCGCCGGCAAGCAGCUCGAGGAUGGCCGCACUCUUUCGGACUACAACAUCCAGAAGGAGUCCACCCUCCAUCUAGUGCUCCGCCUGCGUGGUGGUGCCAAGAAGCGCAAGAAGAAGGUGUACACCACCCCCAAGAAGAUCAAGCACAAGCGCAAGAAGACCAAGCUCGCGGUCCUCAAGUACUACAAGGUUGACGGCGACGGCAAGAUCGAGCGUCUCAGGCGUGAGUGCCCCCAGCCCGAGUGCGGUGCUGGUGUCUUCAUGGCUGCUAUGCACAACCGCCAGUACUGCGGACGCUGCCACCUUACCUACGUUUUCGACGAGGCCAAAUAAGCGCAUCGACUGCGUGCCGGAAACUAGGAGGGAGAUCGGAACACGACAUGAAUGAUUACGAGUUAUGGAGACGCGGCGGAUCGGCUGGACUGAAUAGGUUGGGCCAUGUGUCGGACAUCUAGGCUAUGAAUGAAACAUGUCAACAACGUCAAUCAUGUGCGAGUACUCCGACGUGAUAUGUGACAAACGUGACUUGGCAUCUCAUACUUUUACUCUGCGA